CAGGCGCAGUACUAGACUGAUACCACAGUUCUGAGCAAGUUUGACAAGAACCUUACCUAAAAUGGAAUUUAUCCUAGAGACUUAACGCUUGCGGCAGCCGGCGACUCGGGCACUGCGCCAGGACCGCGGAACUACAACUCCCGGCACGCGGCCACCUCCGGCGGACGCCGGCUCCUGACAGGCUGCUCCCGCCCGGCGCCCUGGCACCGCCCGCCCGCCGGUUCCGCACCGGUUCCUGCCCCGUGAAUUGCCGGGCGGUGAGGCGGGGGUGCCCGGCCCGGGAGCCGCAUGGAGCCGCGGGGGGCGGACAGCUGCUUCCUGGGCGACGUGGGUUUCUGGGUGGAGCGCACUCCCGUGCACGAGGCUGCCCAGCGAGGUGAGAGCUUGCAGCUCCAGCAGCUGAUUGAGAGUGGUGCCUGCGUUAACCAGGUCACAGUGGACUCCAUCACACCAUUGCACGCGGCCAGUCUGCAGGGCCAGGCACAGUGUGUGCAAUUGCUGCUGGCAGCUGGAGCUCAGGUGGAUGCCCGCAACAUCGAUGGCAGUACCCCUCUCUGUGAUGCCUGCGCCUCAGGCAGCAUCGAGUGUGUGAAACUCUUGCUCUCCUAUGGGGCCAAAGUCAAUCCCCCAUUGUACACAGCAUCCCCACUUCACGAGGCCUGCAUGAGUGGGAGUUCUGAAUGUGUGAGGCUUCUUAUAGACGUUGGGGCCAAUCUGGAAGCCCAUGAUUGCCACUUUGGGACCCCUCUGCACGUUGCCUGUGCACGGGAACAUCUGGAUUGUGUCAAAGUGCUGCUCAAUGCAGGGGCCAAUGUGAAUGCAGCAAAGCUUCAUGAGACAGCCCUUCAUCAUGCGGCCAAGGUGAAGAAUGUCGACCUCAUUGAGAUGCUCAUUGAGUUUGGAGGCAACAUCUAUGCUCGGGACAACCGGGGGAAGAAGCCGUCAGAUUACACGUGGAGCAGCAGUGCCCCUGCCAAGUGCUUUGAGUACUACGAAAAGACACCGCUGACCUUGUCCCAGCUCUGCAGGGUAAGCCUGAGGAAAGCCACUGGCGUUCGAGGACUGGAGAAAAUCGCCAAGUUAAACAUCCCUCCCCGGCUCAUUGAUUACCUCUGCUACAACUGAGCUGCAGGCAGCAGCCGGGUGCGCUGGCCACUAGCCUGGCUGCUGCCCUAGCACCAGCCUUGGCUGUGAGGGGUUCUGACUGUUUGUCUGAAAUGACGUUAUUACUCUAGAUAGAACGAUGCUCCUUUGGGUCCCAUUUGGUUGUCCUCUUCGGUUUUCUGUCCUGAAUUCUGGAUAAGAUCUCCAAAGCCUCAGUGAGGUCAGCAUCUCAGGUCACACUAACAGAUGUGGCACUGUGCUAGUCCUCCGGAAAGGACGUUCUCUCUCUAGGGUGGGCCACUUGUGCAGUUGUCUUUUUUCACCGACCGCCCUCAAAGGUGCUCUCAAGACAGACGACUCAAGGACCAGGCGUAGGCCACGUGGGGCCGGGGAGUUAGAGCACUGCUGCUGCUUUCCAUGUCUGGGUGUCGUGGCACAGAAGCGCCAGGUCCCAGGCACCUCACCCUGUUGCCUGGAAUGUCCACUCACCUGACAUUAUCUUGUCGCCUGGAUGCUACUUCUGGGGCAGCAUUUGACACUUUCCGGGGUCUACCUAUGCCCAGGUGCAUGCAUCACUCAGGGGUCCUAGUGGGGGAAGAUGCAGGCUUUGUGUCCCCACAAAUAAUAGUGUUUUUAAAGAAGUUUGUCUUCAGUGUUAGACCUCAACUUUUGAAACACUGGUGUGGGAUGAAGAACCUUCAGAAGAUGUAUAGGCUGCAACACUAAAGGUUUGUUACUGAGCCACACAAUAGGUAAUGUGAAGACUCUUGGUGUAUGUUCUCAUAGGCAGCCAUUUCCAAGGUAAAGGGCUGUUAGGGGACUGUUUGGAGAUCGUUUUUCUCUGUUUCUAUAGUUGCCAAGUGAAUUCUUCCCACACCCUUUCUCGCUGACUCCUCUAGGCUGUCAAGCUAGUAGGAGAUGUUGACAGCACCGGCGGGCACCAGCACCUGUGUAUUCAUUCCUUUUUCAGGUGCUUAUGAACCUCUAAUGUACAAGGCAGCGAUCCAGGGCUUGGAACUGGGAGAAACGAGAGUCAUCAGCCAAGCCAGGAAGAGAAAGUGUUUCGCAGCCUUUCUCGAUAGUAAUAAAAACAAAUCCUUCUAUGUGAUAAGCCAGGAGCUGAAAUAUUAGUGUAUUCAGGUGGCAUUUACCUAACAUUCUCUAUUUUAAUUUAAAAAACAUCCACGUAUAGCCGGGAGGGCCAGAGGAUUAUGUGUAGUAUUUCAGGUAUAUUCGGUUUCUGGGGAAAUGGAGAAGGCAGCCUAUGUCAGCACUCCUGUGAGUCAUCCCUGUCCUGGAGCCAGUGUGCCCAGGAUGGGGACAGAGUCGUCCCAGAUCUGCCAGGCCUGCCCAAGCCUCCCAUCCGCAGACAGCGUGGGACACCACGAGACUGAGUGCACCAGGGCGAUGCUGCUGGUGCCGCCCGGGGAGAGCAUCUCUCUGCCUGGUUACGUGGUGGGGCCGCAGGUCUGGGGAAGAAUCUCAUGGCAGUUGUCUUGAAUGUUUCCAUCUCCAACACUUUAAGCCGUUUCUGGAAUGAGGCCUCAUAUUGCAAUGAAAAGGGCCAUUUUCCCUCAGUUACAAUUUUAGACACAGGUUCUGAUAAGUCAGUGUUUCCGCAUGUGAUCCUAACAAUAAUGAUUUAAAUAAUUAGGUUCUGCCUCUCAUUUUUGUAACAGAAACUGGCCUCUAGCAGUGAAAUCUGACAACGUUGCCAUACAAUAGAAUCAGAUCCCUAUACUCCCUAAAUCAAUAAAAGUGGUUAAAUAAGGUUCA